AUGAGUGCUAUGGUAGAAACGCGAAUCGAAAGACGCCCCAUCAAGAAGCCCCGGGCCUGUGGCCAUUGUCACAGCCGGAAGGUUCGAAAUCCUGCCAAGCAACCGCAUCAAGGUUCCGAUACCGCCCAUUCCGUCGAAGAAGAGGCGCGAUCAGAGCAGGGUGGCCUCGCCGCCUCUUGCUCGAUACAAGAGUUCAGCGCAACGACGAGCGAUCCUGUUCUGGACCAAUCCCACGCUUCAUCCGGAAGACAUACUGGUGCAGCCGAGAUCGAUCAAUGCAGUGAUGGUUCGUCUCGUGACGGCACCGACUCUUUGGUACUAUCAGCAGCGAGAGUAGAAGACGAGCAACUCUUACCAGUGCCCUCCCUCGAGGACCCUGAUAGCGACCUCGAUCCGGCCACAAUCACAGACGACUCUAUUGCCGAGCAAGACGUGCACUUAUGGAUAGCCGACGAGAUGUCUCGAGGAUCAGCAACAGUCGUCUCACCCACCGAGAGUGGAAAGGCCGAUGGCUGCUGUGAAGUGAUCGAGUACCAUGAAGGAGUUACGCCUGUCACGAUAGUCUGUGGCGCUCUCGGGGGCCAGGUGUCUAAUCGUCUGACUCGAGUCAAAUUACGAGAGAGUACGGCGGCAAGUGCCAAGCUGCAUUCUGGCAGCUCAUGCCUCAGCGUGACUGACCUAGCCUACUUGGAAAGAAGAGGCGUUCUUCAGCUGCCACCAAGAGCUACAUGCAUCCAUCUCCUCCGUCUCUACUUUAAAUGUGUCUACCCGUAUGCCCCUAUCCUGGACCCCGUUCGAUUUACGCAGGACUUUCUAAGCGGGAACUACUCUCACUUCCUGAUGCAAUCGAUUUUCGCUAAUGUGGUGCCGCACGCUUCUCUAACUCUGCUGAAAGAGAUGGGGUAUCACGACCGCAGGUCAGCACAACAGGGAUGCUACACAAAGGCUACCCUUUUGUACGAUCUUGGUGAAGAAAAGCGUCAAAUUUGUUGUCUCCAAGGAUCUAUCAUGCUAAGCUCACUCUGUUUCUCCUAUGCGGUCGACAAAGAUUAUCGAUACUGGUUCUGCAAUGCCUGCCGCAUCGGUACUCAACUCGGCCUGCAUAGGCAGUACAUUUCUGAACGACUAGAUGCGAAGACGAAGAAGCUAUUUCGGCGCAUUUGGUGGAUCUUGUACAGCAGAGAUGUGCUGAUGGUGGUGUCGGGGUUAAGCAACCUGCGCAAGUUUGAUGAUCGUUUCUGCGACACUGUGGCCUUGACCGAGGAUGACUGGCCCGACCAAGAUGUUCCAGAAGAGCUUAGCUUGGUCCUAUCCGCCACUACACGUCUGCAGAAGGUGUAUCUACUGGAAAACUGCAAAUUGGCUAGAAUUAGUACGCAUCAGUCCUGCACCACCAUGGCCUCGGUCACAACAGGAAGAAUUGAACUGAUCAUGCAUACAGGCAGUCACUUCCUCGAAUGCUUUACAGUGCCAGGCCGGACCGUGUCUUCUUCUGAUAUCCAGAGCUUGGAAAAUGAGAUCAUCUCAUGGAAGAAGCAGCUCGACCCGGUUUUGUGCAUACGCAUACAUGAGUGGACGGUCGACAAUAUCUGGGUCUUGAUUCUCCUGGCUACGAGCUACCGUCUAGAAGCCGUAUUCUACCGCCGGGCGCGAGACCACUUUCGGCGUAUGGAUGAAGACCCUGCGAUGACGGCGCAACUACACCAGAAGCAAGAGAACGCUAUGUUCGAGCUUUCCUCGAUCAUUCAGAGAGCCUCUCUACACAAAGUUCUCGGACUAGCCCCAUUGUCAUUUAUGACAUGUGCAUCAACAAUCCUGGCGAUGCGAAUCGAGACCGCCCUAGACCCCGCAACAAGCUCAAAGCGGAGAUUCUCGGCCAGGAUUCAGAUUGCCGCAGAAAUUGAGUACUUACGCGAAGCAUGUCAACACUGGGUAAGCCUUAGCUGGACGUUACGCAUGUUUGAGGUCGCUAUAUCACGUAAGGGACUUGAUAUCAACGACGACACUUCUGCCGCCUCGGCCGGCCGAGCCAGAAGAACUCCUGCUUCAAGAGAUGUCGCCUGUGGUAUACGCAGACAAGAGCAGGAGGACCUCGCCCUUGCUGGUCUCAACGAAAGCGGCCUGGCCUCAAACGACAUCUUCAAUAUCCAGAAUGACUGUAUCGAUGUAGAUCUUGGUGGGGACAGGGACGAAUUCUUUGGUGGGUUACCCAUGACUGGUAACUACGAUUGGAUUGAAGAUCUCCUUGCGCCUAAUUCUACAUAA